AUGAUGUUGAAUAAACAAUCUCAUCUUUUUUCCUUCUCACUUGCAGUACUAGUUUCUCUCUUGUAUUCCACAACCACUAGUUUAUCUCAAUUAUCACCUGCUAAUGCUCCUAUACAACCUACGCUUCCAGCUCCAACCCAACCAGCUGCAGCCCCUAAACCAUUGGUACCUUCCUUACCAGACUCACCUAGUGACUCCACUCCUGACACUGCGGGCGCUGUUGACAUCGUCGGAAUCCUAAGAAAGGCUAAGUCAUUCAAUGUCUUAAUCCGACUCAUGAAAACAACUCAAUUGAUCAACCAACUCAAUUCACAACUAUUGGCUACAAAAACAGGCGGAUUAACUAUUCUUGCACCAGAUGACAGCGCAUUCUCAGAACUCAAAGCUGGAUUCCUAAACUCUCUUUCUGAUGGACAGAAACUCGAGCUCUUACAGUUUCACGUAAUCUCAGACUACGUAUCUAGCUCUAACUUCGAUAUUCUAACCAACCCUGUGAGAACACUUGCUGGAGCUAAACCAGGAAAGGUGGAACUGAAUGUGGUUAGUUAUGGUGGAAGUGUGAACAUAUCAACAGGGGAAGUGAACACUACAAUCAAUGGCAUUAUAUAUACUGAUAAGCAUCUUGCUAUUUAUAAAGUUGGCAAAGUGCUUCUUCCUAUGGAUUUCUUUGUUGUUGCUAAAGCACCGAGGAAGGGACCGUCUUUGGCACCGGAACCUUCAGCAGUGACUCCAAAAGCUGAUAAGGAGAAGCCAUUAUCACCAGAUUCCUCAGAUUCAUCUGCUAAACCGACAAACGAUAACUCUGGCAAUGUGAAAAUGAGUGUAUCUGGAAAGUUGGUGGUGUCUCAUAUUUUUGGAGCAGUUCUCUUAUCUAUAAUGGGAUAA